AAAGCCCGGGCUGCGGCGACGGAAGCAGAAGCGAUGAAGCCCAGGCCUGCGAGGUUUGUGGAUAAUAAGCUGAAGCAGCGCGUCGUCCAGUACCUCACCAGUAACAGAUGUGGCAAAUAUGUGGACACCGGAGUCUUAGCAUCCGAUUUACAAAGAAUGUACAGUAUAGACUAUGGUCGAAGAAAAAGAAAUGCUUUUAGGAUUCAGGUAGAAAAAGUAUUUAGCAUAAUUAGUAGUGAGAAGGAACUUAAGGAUCUACCCGAAUUAGAAGAUGAACAUCUGGCUAAAAGAGCAAGACACGGUGAAGAGGAUAAUGAAUAUACUGAAAGCUGUUCUGAUGAUGAUUCAAAUAUGGAAGAUUACCCAGAUCCACAGUCAGCAAAUCAGAUGAACAGUUCCCUGCUCUCCUUAUAUCGGAAAGGAAAUCCUGAUUCUGUUUCAAGUACUCCUGAGCUGGAGCAAAGAGAAACCACCAUUUCAACACCACGGAUAACUUCCAAAACAGGCUCCCUUCCUUUGAAGACCCCUGCCAGAGGUUCUGAAGGAGGAUGGUUUAUUGACAAAACCCCGAGUGGGAAGAAAGACAGUUUUUUCUCAGACCUAUCAGAUGAGAAAAGUAAUGAUAAGAAGCCGAUCUCUGAGAUAGAGAAUUCAAAAGAUUCUUCUCUUCUGGAGAGUAAUAAAAAAAGAAAAGGCAGGCUAAACAGCAAAAGAGGCAAAAGGAAGAAAGAAGAUCUUCAGGAAGUAGAUGGAGAAAUAGAGGGUGUCCUGCAAAAGAAAGCUAAAGCCAGGGGGCUAGAAUUGCAGAUCUCCAAGGUGAAGUUUGAAGAUUUUGGAGGCAAUGAUACGACAUUAAAAGAGGUCUGCAAGAUGCUCAUACACAUGCGUCACCCAGAGGUAUACCACCACCUGGGCGUCGUACCCCCACGCGGAGUUCUUCUUCAUGGACCACCCGGCUGUGGGAAGACAUUGCUUGCACAUGCAGUUGCUGGGGAACUUGACCUUCCAAUAUUGAAAGUAGCUGCUACAGAGAUUGUAUCUGGAGUAUCUGGAGAAUCAGAACAGAAGCUGAGAGAACUAUUUGAACAAGCUGUGUCAAAUGCACCAUGUAUCCUUUUUAUUGAUGAAAUUGAUGCUAUUACCCCCAAAAGAGAAGUUGCUUCAAAAGAUAUGGAACGAAGAAUUGUAGCCCAGCUCCUAACCUGCAUGGACGAUCUGAAUACCAUGGCUGCUACAGCUCAGGUCCUAGUCAUCGGAGCUACUAACCGACCAGACUCCUUAGACCCUGCUUUGAGACGUGCAGGAAGGUUCGACCGAGAGAUAUGCCUAGGUAUCCCAGAUGAAGCAUCCAGGGAAAGAAUACUUCAAACUUUGUGCAGAAAACUAAGACUUCCCGAAACUUUUCAUUUUCGUCACUUAGCACACCUAACGCCGGGCUUCGUUGGUGCUGACCUGAUGGCGCUCUGCCGAGAGGCAGCCAUGUGUGCAGUCAACAGGGUCUUAAUGAAGCUGCAGGAGCAGCACAAGAAAAAUCCUGAGGUUGAAGGUUUGCCCUCUGAAGGAGGCCAGGAAGAAAGGAUUGGAGCUGGACCCACUUCUAAAACACAGGUGCUUUCUCUACAGGAUGAAUUGCAAAGGCUCUUGGCGUUGCUAAGGAACCGAGAUCCCCUCUCAGAGGAGCAGCUGCAAGGGCUGUGCCUUGAGUUGAAUGAUUUCAUUGUUGCUCUAUCCUCUGUCCAACCCUCUGCUAAAAGGGAAGGCUUUGUCACUGUCCCUAAUGUGACAUGGGCAGAUAUUGGUGCCCUGGAAGACAUUAGAGAGGAGCUCACCAUGGCAAUAUUGGCACCAGUACGUAACCCAGAUCAGUUCAAAGCUCUUGGGUUGGUAACUCCAGCCGGAGUCCUCCUUGCUGGUCCCCCUGGCUGUGGGAAAACUCUGCUGGCAAAGGCCGUUGCAAAUGAGUCUGGGUUAAAUUUUAUAUCUGUCAAGGGGCCUGAGUUACUAAAUAUGUAUGUUGGUGAAAGCGAGCGCGCUGUGCGACAGGUUUUUCAGCGAGCCAAGAAUUCAGCACCCUGCGUGAUAUUCUUUGAUGAAGUGGAUGCCUUAUGUCCUCGAAGAUCAGUCCGAGAGACAGGGGCAAGUGUCCGGGUGGUAAAUCAGCUACUUACAGAGAUGGAUGGUCUGGAAACACGUCAGCAGGUUUUCAUUAUGGCAGCCACUAACAGACCAGAUAUCAUUGACCCUGCAAUCCUGCGCCCAGGCCGCCUGGACAAAACACUCUUUGUGGGUUUGCCACCUGCAGCAGAUCGUCUCGCCAUCUUAAAAACUAUCACAAAAAAUGGCACCAAACCCCCACUGGAUGCAGAUGUAAAUUUGGAAGCAGUUGCUGGUGACCUUCGCUGUGAUUGCUAUACGGGUGCAGAUCUCUCUGCUUUGGUACGGGAGGCUUCUAUCUGUGCCUUGAAGCAGGAAAUGGCAAGACAGAAAAGUGGAAGUGAAAAAGGUGAACUCAAGAUUAGUCAGAAGCACUUUGAAGAAGCUUUCAAGAAAGUGAAGUCAUCUGUAUCAAAAGAGGAUCAAGCGAUGUAUGAAGCUCUGCAGUGGUCCCUCAGCCGGUGACUUCUCCAGCAGCAGGCCUUCAAGGAGUCCAGUGCAUCGAGCUGCCGGAGAUACCCACGUGCUCUGAGCUGUCCACUUUCAACUUGACACAGAUGUGGUCUCACGUAAGCAUUUUAUCCUCAAAUUAAUGAGGCCAAGUCAGAGCUAAAGAUUCUUCCCAUCUGGCCAACCUUGUACGGAAACACCCUAUACCUCCUGUUGAAGGAAAAGAAAAAAAUUUUUAAC